GGAGCCGGGGGCGAUGCCAGCCCCGGGAGGAGGAUGCUCCAACCGCCCCCCUCCUACCGGAGCAUCCUUCCAGCUCCUCACCUCGCCGCCCGAGGGAUUUCCAUCGGGAUGGUCUAACCCCCCAGCUUAUUGCAAGUCCAGGUUGAAAAACUAUGGGAAAUUAGGAGAGGCGUGAGGGCUCGCCGGCAGCAUGCCGCUGGUGAAGAGGAAUAUCGAGCCCCGGCAUCUAUGCCGGGGGGCUCUUCCCGAGGGGGUAACGAGUGAGCUGGAGUGUGUCACCAACAGCACACUGGCUGCCAUCAUCAAGCAGCUGGGCAGCCUCAGCAGGCACGCCGAGGACAUCUUCGGCGAGCUGUUCAACGAAGCCAACAGCUUCUACAUGCGGAUGAACUCACUGCAGGAGAGAGUGGACCUGCUGGUCAUCAAGGUGACACAGCUGGACUCCACCGUGGAGGAAGUUUCACUGCAGGACAUCAACAUGCGGAAAGCCUUCAAGAGCUCCACGGUGCAGAACCAGCAGGUGGUGUCUCGCAACUCCAUCCCCAAUCCGGUGAUGGAGAUGUACCAGCGCUGCGACAAGCCCCCGCCGCUCAACAUCCUCACGCCCUACAGGGAUGACAAAAAGGAUGGCCUCAAAUUCUACACUGACCCCUCCUACUUCUUCAACUUAUGGAAGGAGAAAAUGUUGCAGGCGACGGAAGAUAAGAGAAAGGAGAAGCGCAGGCAGAAGGAGCAGCGGCUGGUGGAGGACUCCACUCGGGAGGUGAAGAAAGUGAGGAAAGCCCGCAACCGGCGCCUGGAGUGGAACAUGAUGGCGUAUGAUAAAGAGUUCCGACCCGAUAACAGGUUCUCACCAUCCCCCUAUCACAUGGCGUCAUCGGAAGGAUCACUGUCCCCAGAUAAUAGAUCUUACGCGUCGGAUGCAGCUGACCACUCGUACCCGGCGAGCCCCAACCACCCCGCACAGCUGCUGGCCCCAGCAUCCCACCUGGCCCCAGCGGAGCACAAGGAGGGGGUGCUGGCGGCUGCCCCCCCCCAGGAGCACGUCUAUCGCCCGGCAGCGGGCAGCCGGCAGAACAGCCUCAACCGCCUCCAGCAGCCCCACGUGCCGCAGCCCCCAGAGGCUAUCCUCAAUGGGCCGAGACCUCACUUAGUCAAGGAUUACGGCCCGCAGCCGGUGCCGAUGGCAGAGUACUUUGUGCCGCCCGCCCCACCACCCCCGCCGCCCGUCAUCCCCUCCGCCCAGACCGCCUUCGACAGCCCCAUCUCGGCUCCCCCUGCCCUGGCCCCCGGCUCGGCUGCCCCCACCUCCUACGCACCCUCACCGCCCCCCGCACCCCCUGGCCCCUACUCUGCCUCUCCGCCGCAGGCCGGCCCCAUGGGACCCCCAGUGGCCCCACCACCACCACCACCGGGGCCCCCCGCCGUUGCCGCCUCUCCGGCGCACUCGGCAUCACCCCCAGCACCCGCCGUGGAGCCCCGGAAGGCGCAGAUCCCACUGAUGCCCAUGAGCGAUGCCCGGAGCGACCUGCUGGCAGCCAUCCGCAGGGGAAUUCAACUCCGGAAAGUCCAGGAGCAAUGGGAACAAGAGGCCAAAAAAGAACCCGUGGGCAAUGACGUGGCGACGAUCCUGUCCCGCCGGAUCGCAGUGGAGUACAGCGAGUCCGACGACGACUCCGAGCUGGAUGAUAACGAGUGGUCAGACUGAGGGGCCCCGGGGCUGGGCUGGCGCGGAGCUCCCCGGCUCCAUGCCAGGUGUGUAUAGGCACCUUCCCCAACGUCAAUGCCAACAAGCGCAGGCGGCCCCGCUCAUUCAGGAGCUUUGCUUUUACACUAUGUCGAAAACCCUUCGGGCAGCAGCAGCACUGGUAGGAUACACCUCGGAGGCAGUGAGACCAGAAAUUAGCAGCACCUUCACAUUUAAUGACUUCCAAAAUACUCUGAAGGCAGGUUAAUAGGAUUACUCCAGGUUUACACCUGGAGCAAGACCAGAGACUAGCCCUGAGUGUGCUUUGCUAGAGAAGGGAUAGCCAGAGGCAGUAGUGCUUUUCCAGCUCGAUGUUAAACGUGUUAACGAGAAGCUCCUGGAGAAGCAGCCUGUUUGCACAGCCGGUGCCACCAUGGGUGCGCAGCGAUGGCCGCGCACUGGGUUUGGGGAUGCUCCGCCGCCGGCACCUGUAGUAGAGUCAGGCAGCUCCGAGAGCUGCGUGUGAGCAGGAGCCGCCUUCCCCAUAAAGCAGCGCACCACGUUUUGUGGCAGUCAUGUCGGGAAGGUCACCAUCAUGCUGUCGCUCCCUGCAGAAGAACAAGGCGGUGGUGACCUGAGCCUGUUUCCAUCCUUAGGACCAGUUUUCUGGGAGAAAGGGGUGAAAGCAAGGCUUCUGCAGCUGGCAGGGAAACCCAGCGCUUGUCUGGGCUUUGAAAGCUGCGAUGUGUGGUGUCCUCGGGGCGGGGGAAGGGGCUGCCAGCAAAGGAGCAGAGGUGUCCUGGGAGCUUCCCCAAGCCCAACUCUCCUUGGUCUUAGCGCUACGCCAUUUCAGUGUUAUUUGAAAAAAAAAAAAAAUUAAUUAGACAAAAUGCUGCUUUUAGGUAAACCCUCAACUUGCACUUUGCAGCCCCACAGACUGCACCCGUACAACUGAGAUCAGCUCGGACCCAGGCACUACUUGCCCCUGGCCUGAUCCUGCCCCGUCCCUUACCCCACAGGCGGGCGCUGCUGGGGGAGCCUGGCGAGGGGGGCCCCCACCACGGCGCUGAAAAUACCACUUUGCUCAUCAAAAUAGGGUGUGAUUCAUCGAAGGCUUUUCACACAGCCGCAAAGGGAGGAGGCACAGGAAGGCAGAGCAAAGGGGUGGGGAGUAUGGAAGAUACCACAGUCAGGGUAAGAGCCUGCGGAGACAGGGAGAGGCUCCCACCAGCAGAAAAUGGGCCAGGACCAACCGUGGACUUGCCCAACAGUGUCCCCAGGUCCUCUCUUGUGUUCCCAUAUACCACCAGUCCCCGAAGGGAGGAAAACCAAGUCCCCAUGUUGCAUGUCUUCUGGGGAGGAGCUGGGCUCUGAGCCCACCUCCCCCGCUCCCCCAGCAACUGUGUAGUUGGUGGCUACAAAGGUAGAAUUUUGACCAUAAAUGACCAGCCCUAUAAAGGAAGUGGGAGAAUAUAGCUGGGACCCAGCAGGCUCAAAGGCCGAUCCCUAAAUUCGUCCUGAGAAAUACUGGUGUUGAACAAUGCCCCAGGCAUCUGCUCGUUUCCCCCAGCAAGAAACCCUUCGUGGCGAGAUGUGAUGAGCCCCCUACCCAGCUGCUGAGAAAUAGCCCCUCCCUUCCACUGAGUGACACAAAGUGGCCUCUUGUCCCUUGGACAUGACACCUCCCGCAUCUCCAGCAUCUCCAGGUCUGGGCUGCAAGCUGUGGUUCCAAGCGGGGGGCUCGAAUGGAGGAGCAGUGUGGGUGUGGGAGAGGGGAAGGAUGGAUGGGGAAGGGUUUGGGGUUCAGCCCCCCUUUCCUUAGGGAAAAAUCCCCUUGGCUUCAGCAGGGCUGAUUGUUAGAGCAGGAACUGCAAAUAAAAUCCUCAAAUUUAACCCCAGAAUUCCUCAUCUCGACAGCGCUGAUGCUGUUUAAGGUGCUCAGGUGCUCGUCCCACUCUGCCUGUUGAUGGGCAAGCUCUCCCAGCGUGAGGAAGACCCAACAGCCUGGGAUUAGCUGUACGGAUCAAUUCCGGGUCCCACGCAUGCCUGCUGGGAGGCUGGCAGGGAGGCUUGGCAUCUCCUGUCUCGCUGUGCAGGCAGGCAGGGCAGAGCAGGCAGGGCAGGCAAGAGGCAGCAGAGCAAUGGGAUGCAUGGAAUAGCUCAUCUGCAACACCCAGGUAAAACAGGAUUGACCAAAGGAGGCAGGGGGACACGAUGCGCCACAGGUGAGCAGGGAAUUCCUGAUGCUGGGUGCUCAUCGAGAGCUCUCGUUUCUGGUGCUGACCCUCUGAGAUGCAGAGGACCAGCAGCUGCUGGCCACAACCUGGCGCUGGCAGCCGGGAGGGCACCCCUGGGGUGGGCUUUCCUCGGCCAGGAGCAAGCUAGGAGAAAGGCUUGUGAAAAUCCAGAGCAUCGUUUAAGCAGUCACCUGUUAUUAAUAAUAGACGUGACCAUAAUACUGUCUGUAUGUGAAGAGCAAGGCAAGUGUUUAUUUGGAUAAUUAGGAAGAGUAAUAAUCCUUUGUGAGAGAGAACAGCAGAGGGCUUCUGCCUGUUACGGGGGUCAAAGGGCUGCAGAAUCGGCCGCAGGGACCCCGCCGGCACUCGGGCAGAGCCAAGGAGUCCCACCAGCACAUGCAGGCAGGGAAGGGGCUCUGGGACAUGCGGGGCUGGCUCAUCCCUGAGGUCCAUGACUGCCCCAGUUCUGUAAAGCUGAGCUGAUCCUGGUGGGAACUGGAGAAGAGCAGAGUGCCCCUAGAAGACUAAGUCCCUUCUUUUCAUGCACUAGUUGCUUUGUGUGUGUCACAUGAAACUGGCCAUUCUGGUAGGACUCCGUUGGUGCAUGGCAGGUCAGGACUGUCCCUGCAGCCCCCUGCUUCCCUGUCACCUCACAGCAACUUUGCUAUGCUCGGGACUGGCAGCAGUCAGUCAACCCGUGCUACUAUCAGGGUCAAUGCCGUUGCGUGGAAAAGCGCGUGACAAUCACAUAACUCAGGCCUUGCCUGCCCCAUGCACAGCCUCAUCCGCGGAGCAGGUGCACAGCUGGAAGCCUCAGGGGUGCAAGUAGCAAGGCUCACCCCCAUUUCCUCACACCAUGUUCUUGCACCAUCCUCUCCGCUUCCCAGCCCCCAAUAACCCAAGCCCAUUCCGCACGCUCAACUCCAAAGCAAGUCAGCAGGACCAUAACCUCCCAGCAUUGCCCAUUGCUUGAAGACAUCACAAUCCAGCUCUUCCAGGGAUCUGAACCACCUCAGCUCCACUGAAGCUAUCUUGAUACCAGGGAUGGGGCUGAUCCCACAGGUAGCCUCUCCCCAGUGAGAUGUCUACAUCAGAGCUCAUUGCUCAGGAUUCUUCUGUAGCUGAUGGAGAAGUAACCUGUAUAGUCAGGGUGGGCUGGAGACACCCAUUUCUGGUCUGAUCAUGGCACACCUUGCUCUUCCCAGCUCUCUGCUGGCAGCACCAUGAGGCAGGCAAGCAUGAGGUGGCACUGAGCACCCCAAUCUCAUGACACUGCCAUUCCUGCAAAGCCAGCUGUGCUGGUGGGCCAACAUCCUCAGUGCCUUUGCUUGGGAGACUCAGCCGUGUUUGAGGAUGACCAUCUUUAUUUUAGGUGUAUUCAUCUAUUUUUUGCCCAGGUGACCUAUGAAAUCCAGCACAAGUGACACUAAGUCCUUGGCUGGGCUGGGUUAGCUCCGCUGGAAUUGGUUGUGCAAUACUAAUUAACACUGGCUGGCUGACCCAUAUGCUGCAUACUCGAUAUUUUGUACAUAUGUGCCUAUUUCCUUAUACUCUUCCAGAAAUAGGCCAUGCUGCAUUACACAACCCAAAAUGCUCAAAUCCUCACGUGGGCUGAUAUAAAAGUGAAUAUUCAAAUAUUUUAUCUAGCUUAGCAGCCAUUAAAAAUACAAUCCAGGUCGCAGAUGAUUGAAUUUCUCCUCUCUCAAGUGUACCAGAAGUGGGCUGAGGAGAUAGAUGCUCCUGUACAUUAAGGUUUCAUGUUCCAUGUUAAAAUAUAGCAGUGGCAUUUCAUUGCCAACAGAUAAUCACAGAGUGCCAAACAUUUAAUGAGCCCAACCGAUCUCUCGAGAGUUCCUCUUUCCAUUUUAUCUGCUUUCUCCUACUUGCCAAUUUAUGGGCAUAGAUUAAAAAUAAUAAAUAUGACCGCCAACAGGGGGAAGCGUAUUCUGGGUGCAUGCAAAUGAAUUGGGCUGGAGUUGGCAAAAGAGUAAAUAAGCUGGUUUGGUUCUGCUUAGAGAUAUUAACAGAAGGCCACAGUCCUUGAGGUCCAUCAGAAACCUCUUGGACAAUCGCUGAUUUAUCUGAAGAGGGACAUUACGGGGACCACCGUGCCUGUGGUACACCAGUCGUUGCCUGUGAAGGCUACAUCAGGUGUGAAGUCUGGUCUUGCUCAAGUUUUAUGAAGGUUGGUGGAAGUCUGCCAGUGUUCACUCAUCCUGGCCUUGCACCCUCAGGGUCUCCUUGAUUUUGAGUGAACAUUGGAGCUCGCUGUUGAGCCUGGCAGCUCUUAGAGGAUCAGUGUCCUGAAGGAAAAAAGGAUUGGCUAGUUUCUAACUUUCCACCCUGGGCAGACACCUAGAGAGGAGCAAGCAUCACAUCCUAUGAGAGCUCCUGCUUUUGCAGCUGUUUUAUCUUGGGAAGGUUUUAUUCUGGUGACAGACGUAAGGCUGAACAUGGCUUCUCCAGAGAGCUUCCUUCACCUAAGAGCCCUCAGGUUUCCUCCCAGCAACUUUUCCAUCUCUGUCUCCCUUUCAAGACACCCAACAGCCUGAACAGAGGCUUUGCACGCUCCCCUGGGAACAGAACCUGAAUUAACACCGCAGCUUUAACGAGAAGUGGAAGUUUCCCUCGGAGGGAGGCAGGCUGUAGCACUGGAGGUGGUAUUUUGGAUGGUGCUUUCCAGGGGUGCGUGGCCAGCAGGAACACCAUGCCAUUUCCUUGUGGGUGGACCAUGGAGGGCCAUGGGAAGCACUCCCUGUUGUGGGAUGCUGGCAAGGGGAGCUUAGGCUGUUUCUUUCACCAUGAUUCCUGUUUUCCUGUAGUAGUAAUUGUUACUUCAGGGUAAGGUUUUCUCUGCUGGCAUGUCACUUUACAGGUAUUUUUUUUAAAAAAAAAAAGGGGGGGGGGGGCAAGGACUUUGUCCUGAGGAGUUUACAGUUUACAGCAAACACCAUAUAACCUGCACUGCACUUUAGAAGCCUCAAAUGCUCACUCGCCCAUGAAUUUACCCUCAACUGGGCAGCAGCACUUUGAGGACUGCUGUCCCUUCCUUAGGUGACCCCAUGACCAGUACCACAACUGCAUCCCCCCGCUGACAGGCAGUGGUGGGGCUCUCCUGUCCCUUCACUAUCCCCACGCAAAAGUGCCUGAGCAAAAUACAGGAGUGCCAAGACAUGCUGGUUUUGUUUCCGAAUGGGUCACCAUGCCCUCCGUGUGAGCCUUUCCCAGUCCCCACACAGCUGUGCUCCCCUGGGAUGACCGUGUGACAGGACCCAUGCCCAGGCACACCGUUGCACCUACCUGCCACCGCUUGGAGCUGCCCAUGCAAUUCAUGCCAUGGCCUCUAAGCUCAUACAAAGCAUCCUCCUUCAGGCACUUGUACCCAAGCCAAGACUUUGAAAUAUUUUGAUCUUUUUGAGAGUCAAAGGGGUGGGUUUUUUGCGAAUCUGAUCUUCCUUUAACAAACCCUAGGUUUUCUAGGAUCAUUCACUCAAGCUUUGCUUUCUCCAGGCAAGAAUGAUGCCUGCAUUUUGCUGGGGGAGGAAAGGAAAAAAAAAACCCAAACAGUCAAGAACAUCAGUUGGGGGUGGGGGGUGCCCCAAAGCUUUCAGUACCAUUCCCACAAGCAGGGUGGGAAGAGGACACUAGAAUAUUCCCAAAGGAGGACUCCAUCCUGGUGUUGUCACUAGGCUGAGGCAGAGCCUGCAGCAAGGGAUGGGCUCUUUCUGUGGGCAAUCCCCAGGCAAGACCUGGUUGGGACAUACUUGGCCACAGUAUCCCCUGAAGGCAGUGUUGGUGCGACAUCAAUAUUAAUGUCUGACAUUGGUACAGGACCCUGAGGCCACAGACACCUCCAUAGCACUACAUGAUGGUAGAUCACUGAUGCUUCAUCCUCCCACGGGCAUCUCUCCCAAUAGAUACCUUCCCACAGGUGCCACCUUCCAGAACAGCAGCCAGAGAUCCCUCUAGUCUUUCGUUCCUGCUGGGAACAGGCUUAGAUUUGCUGUUAUCAGUGUGUUCAGGGUCUUGUGAGCCCAAGUGUGCAUGAAGUGAGCCCUUCCCUGCACACCUCUCCCACGGUGGCAAUGCCAGGGGACUGGGCUAGCCCUGGGGGAACUUUCAGCCCCAUGGCAGUUCUAGCACUCAGCUGCAUAGCACAUCUUCAAGUAUAAAGGGGAGGAAACAAACCAGAAAGAAAAUAGACUGGCAUUUUUCAGUUGGUUAUGCUCCCACCACUCUGUAUAGGAAAACCCUGUGGUAGGUGAAGCCCCCUGCAAAGCCACGGAGGGCGGUGGGGAGGACAGACCUGUGCUCUGUGCCCGUGUUGGGCUGCAGCACAAGUCACAGGAUUGCGCUGUGACAGAAAGGACUCGAAUCAGAUCUCAGGGAAAGCUUUCUUGAGGUAAAGAUGGAGAAACCCUGAAGCAGGUCACAGAGGCUCUCCAUGGAGGGCUUUGAGAAGCAGGUAGGCAAACACCAGAAAGGAGCACUGUCUGUGACCCUGUGUUGGGCCAGGGCAUGGUGGAGGUGUCCUCAGGACAUCUCUUCAAACCUGGCGUGUUUGUAGUUCUGCCUCAUCCCCUCUGGGGUUGCAGCAGCACUACUACUCGUUGGAUCUGCCCCAGCAGGUUACAGCCCCAGAGCGUUGCCCAUCAGCCAGGGCAGCCUGCUCAUGUUCUCCCUUAGCUUUGGUGCCCAUUUGCUGGUUUUGGUGUUGACCCUUGAAUACAAUAAGAAUAAGCUGCGCUACAGAAUAAACACCUGAGAGGGAAGGAUGGGAACUAACCACAGAAGAUCAGGAUGGGCAGCUGUUACUGCCACAUUUCAAUAGUUAGAAGGCAGCAGCUCCAGCAGUCUGCUCCUCCAGACCACUCACGGUCCACAGACUGCAGCAUGUGAACCAUGCUGGUACCUUAAGGUGAACAAUUUAAAAGAUACCCCUUGAUUUGGGGUAGCUCAGCUGAAGGAUCCAAACAAAAAACAUGCAUUACAAAACUAACAAGCAGACAACUUACAUGUCAUUUCCAGAAAGAAAAUCAGUUCAGUCUCUUUCCCCCGGAUGCUGAGGGAAGGCCAGACCCAGCGUUGCUUCCCAGCAAGCCACUAAAAACCAGAGCAGUUAUCACCACAGCCACUUGCCAAACUCAGUUCCUAAGAAACCAGGUUUUAGGAACAGAGCAAACAGCACAGCAGCCCACAGCACAAGAAGGAGAUGGAUCUCCUGCCACUGUAGGGAGGUGCUUUUGUACCUGAAGCUCCCACCCUAGCUCAGGUUUUUCAAAUCCCAAUAUUUUUCACCUGUUACCCAUGCUUGAGUGUGCCUGACGCCUCAGCUGGGAACACUUACUCCACAGAAAGUCACUUCUUGCCAUGAAAAAAACAACCAUAAAAGUCUUGCGUUGGAAUCAAAGUGGACUUUGAGCCUGGUGACCUGACUGUGGUGCCUGUUGAGGAGCUGUUGAUUUCCCGCUGGCAGCAAGAGCAUCUUCGGCACAGUCCUGCCAGGUCUCCAAAAUCCUUACUGUUAUAAGCUUCACCCCCACCCCCUAAAGUUAUUUUUCUACUGAGAUGUUUCAGGUCUACCUUUAGUUCUAGCCAGUGUUCCACGAAUGUGGCCUCUCUUUGUGGUGCCUUUCAACUCAGAUCAGAUCAGAUUAGGGAAAAGAAAGAAAACCCCCAUCAAAAAGAAACCUUUUUCUCCAAAAUGCACUUUCAGGAGCGUUUUGGGGCUGACGGCUCCUCUUCUCAAUAGACUUCCUUCAUUUUGGGGCUGCUUGACUUGCCUGGGGGAAUCUGAAAUGGGAUGUCCCCAGCAUGAGCUGGGGCUGGUGCCGAAGCAUUGCUGGUGCUUCCCUCUCCUCCGCUUGCGGCUGUGUCACGCGUGGGGCUGGGGCCAGCGUUCCCGUUGGGAGAGCCACGGGGCCACGGCAGUGUGGCAGCUCCUUACUGACACAAGUGCCUUUUCUGGAGGUCCCCGUGGCAUGGCCGAGGAGCGGGGGGCUCCCGGGGUGGGGGGGCUCACUGAGCUGGGGCAGGGCAGAGCAUUUCCAAGCGUUUCUGGUGCUCAGCUUGUCCUCACCUGGGUGGAAACCUGGACCUGCCCAGACCCCGAGGCAUCCGCUGGGAUUCCUCCUUCCUUGUGCACAGGCUUUUACCCCCACAGCUGCGCAGGGGUAGUUUUGGGAGCAGCUUACUCCAGUGGUGGCCAACUCAAGGAAAACCUGCUCCGCCAACCACACAUCUCCGGGUGCACGUGCAAACGUUGCACCUUUGGCACGGGACAGUCCCCAAGAGGACAUGGUGGGCCUGCAGGGAGGGAACAAACCCCGUCACCACUUUGUUGUGGGACACCAACACCUCUGGCUGGGGCCGGGCACUGGUGGAGCAUUAUUUUGGGUGGCAAUGAAGGCAGGUGAGGACCAUCCCCUGCUCCCUGUACCCGGCAGCCCGGGGACCAAGGCUAAUCCAGGCUGGGCUGGGAGCACCCCAGACACCCCAAAACCCCCUCUGCACUACCCAAACUCAGCAGAUACAAACUAGGCAGACCUCCUGGAGCACUGGGGCAACCAGACCUCCUAAAACAGAACAUCUGGGAGCAGGCAGCUUGAGCCGAGCAUUUUAAAAGCAGUUUUCUCCCCUUCUGGCACCAGCCGAUGAUGCAUACAGCCUGGAGCCAGGGUUGUGGCCGGUCCUUACGGAGGUUGGCUCCAGCUCUGCAGGGACAGGGAGGUGCCAGCCUGGUGGCACCUUGUGGCUGGCUUCCCGGGGUGCUCAGCAUCGGUGGGGCUGCCCCAAAAAGGCUCAUUUGUUAAUACUGGCAGAAGUAUUACCCAUAUUUCCUUUGACUUGCUGUUUGAUAGAAGCAGCUGACGGGAGAAGGGCAUCUUCCCGAGGGUCACCCGUUACAGGCCGUAACUUGAUUUCCAUUAUUAUAUAGUUGACAUUAAAAAAGGAGAUGUUCACUGUCUAAUGGGGUCUUUUAACCAUGUGCACUUAGUCAAUAGGUGAGUAGAUGUUGCUGCUUGUAUCUAUCUACCGUACCCAGUUGCUACGUGUGAACAAGUGUAUUUCUCCCCAGUGUUGUGGGUUCUGCCUGUCGUGACACGAUGAUGGAAAGGUAGGGACUGCGUCGGUCGCAACACGAGCUUUCUUCUGUACAGUGUAGAGAGGAAACUCGAAACGACCCGAAGCACCGCUUGUAACUACAUUUGUUCAAAAAAUGUCAUCUUAAUCCCAAACUGUUGACACUUUAUGCAUGUGCUUAUUAAAAAAAAAAUUAAAAAAUAAAGAUUUUAAGAGGAUAAAGUA